ACACUCAACACUAACACCUCGAAAAUCCCAAAACACGUCGCGGACACGUUCAGAAGUUCGGACAAAACCAAAAUGCGAAAUUCGGCCGCGCAACAACAACAAAAUAGAGAAUAGCGUCGAGUCGAGUUAUUUUCUGAGUUCAGAAAAGUCCGUUGAAACAUCAACAUCAAAACGUCAAGUUUCUGGCGAGCGGUACUGUCAGACGCAUUUUGUUUUUCGCAUUCAAAAAUAUAAUUUAAUCACGUCGUUUUCGGAAAAAAAAAAAACAAAAAUAAAAGCAAGUUCGCCGCUAAGCAGACCACCAAGUGAAGGAGCGACAAUGAUUUUGGAAGGGGAAACAAGUCAGGAGGCCAUGGCCGACCUGGCCCAGAAAGUGCGCCAGACCAGAUGGCGCUUGAACCACCACCGGGCGCUGGCCCCCUUCAACAUGUUGGGCAAGGGGCUGCAGAGGCGCUUCUGCGAUGGCCGCCUAGUGAAUCGCCACCACUUCUUCAAGCACAGCCGCGGCUUCCUUUGGUUCGUGAUCUGCAACCUGCUAAUCUCAGGCGGCAGCGGCGGGGCGCAGGCACAGCUGCUCAUCAACGUCCAGAAUCAGGGCGGCGAGGUGAUUCAGGAGAGCAUCACCUCCAAUAUUGGCGAGGACCUGAUUACGCUCGAGUUCCAGAAGACCGACGGUACCCUCAUCACCCAAGUGAUAGACUUCCGCAAUGAGGUUCAAAUCCUCAAGGCCCUGGUGCUCGGCGAGGAGGAGCGCGGCCAGAGCCAGUACCAGGUCAUGUGCUUCGCCACCAAGUUCAACAAGGGGGACUUCAUCUCCUCGGCCGCCAUGGCCAAGCUGCGGCAGAAGAACCCGCACACGAUACGCACUCCCGAGGAGGACAAGGGCCGCGAGACCUACACGAUGAGCAGCUGGGUGCAGCUCAACCGUUCCCUGCCCAUCACGAGGCACCUGCAGACCAUCUGCGCGGAGGCCAUGGACGCCACCUAUGUCCGGGAUGUGGAUCUCAAGUCCUGGGCGGAGUUGCCAGGCUCGUCGAUCUCCAGCCUGGAGGCGGCCACCGAGAAAUUCCCGGACACGCUAUCCACGCGCUGCAACGAAGUGAGCAGCCUCUGGGCGCCCUGCCUGUGCACCCUGGAGACGUGCAUUGGCUGGUAUCCCUGCGGCCUCAAGUACUGCAAGGGCAAGGGGGCCGGCGCGGACUCGUCCGGGGCCCAGCAGCAGCAGCAGACGAAUUAUCGCUGCGGCAUCAAGACCUGCCGCAAGUGUACACAGUUCACCUAUUAUGUCCGACAGAAACAACAGUGCCUCUGGGAUGAAUGACGACGCGGCGAGCUGCAGCUGGUGCAGAUGCAGAUGCAGAUGCGCUGUGCCAGGCGGCGGAGCGACACGGAUGCGAUGGAUGCCUGCGAUGCGGCACUCGGCAACCAGUUGGGAGUUGCCAGUGACACAGGAGGUGGAGGAGGUGCGGCAAUGGCAACGAAUGGCAGCAGGAGAACAGGAACAGGAGAGGACACAACGGCAACAACGACGACCAACAAAUUACGGCAACUGCUUUUGUUGGUGCAACAGCAGAUGCCUUUUGCUCUGUGGAGCUUUCCGGUCCAUCACAUUUCCCAUCAACAGCCAGGCGAGGGCCAGAGGGAGAGGGAGCACCACCAGCAGUCUCAUCAUCAUUCUCAGGUUGCCGCCACAUCAUCCUCCACAUCCACAUCCACAUCCACAAUGGCUGCCGUCGUUGCGUGAUAAUGAUAAUGCUGCCAGCCCUGCCAGCCCCUGCCAGCCCCUGCGGCAUCCCGAGAAAUGAGCGUGGACACUUUUUACUUGCCACAGACCAUGGGGGGCGGGGGCGGUGAGCCAAAGGGUGCCCUCUCCUCCUCCUGUAUACUAUGUACAUAUGUAUGUUCGCAUUUGUAACUACGAUUAGCUUUCAGCCCGUUUGAGUUAUACGCUUGUGCAGGAUUUCCCUCUAGCCUUAGGUUUACGUUUAGGUUAGAUAUUCUAAUUAUGGCCAUUAAAUCUGGCCCACUAAGAGCUCGCUGAACUUGGAGGACUCCCCACACCACCCUCUACUAUCUUGCCUUCACUAAUUAUGUGCUCCCAAAAACCAAAGGAUUUAAAUAAUACUUUCGGUCGUUUUUGAACCAUUUGCUUCGAAUAUUUUAUCUUUAUAUUACGAAAUAUAUGGCUUUAAAAUUAUAUAAAUUUAAUAUAGACAUAUUUUUG